CAAUCGCGCCAUCCCACGCAGACCCCACGAAGAACCUGAGACGCGGAAGAUCAGCGAACCCACAGAAAGAGCACCUCGAGAUCUGUGCGCAAGGUCCCCAAAGCUUGAGAGCGCUCAAGCGCGAAAGGCCUGGACGCGUCCAUUUCCCAUCCUCCCCCACGCUUAUGGUUCCGCCCGCUUAGGGGGCGGGGCCACGGGUGGCGGGAGAAUCGCAGCGAAGCGCGGCUUCAUUUCCGUCUGCCGCCGGUCUCCUGCUUUUUCGUUCCCGUAGUCCGGCUUCCCCAGCCCUGUUCCCGGUCCCGGUCUCAUCCUCUUCAUGGCGCAGCGCCGCCUCACCGACUUCUUUGCGCACCGCCGCCCAGGACCCCGCGCUGCGUUUGCGCGUGCCAAGCCUACCUGGGGCACCCCGAGCUCUGCCAAGCCCGCGCCCCACGUCCGGGCUCCCAACUCGGGCGGCAGGCGCAAGCGUGCCCGUCUGCCCGAUGAGCCCGCGUGCAACGAGCCCACGCGCGACGAACCGGCGCCGCCCGCGCGCAGGAAGCUGAGGUUGUCCGCGGAUGUGGUCCCUAGCCCUGGCUCCCCAGAUGCCCCUAGCUCCCCGGAGGACUACUCUCUGAGCAAGAAGACAAAGAAGGUUGCCCUCUCAGCAGCAGGUCGGCUGCCCCGAUUGGCACCACAGGAGGACAAGGUUCCCUCAAAGAUUACCUUCUCAGAAUUCAAGUCGUACCUGCAGCCGCCCCAGGAGCUGGGCGCAAGUGCCCAGAGUAGCGAUGCUGGGGAACCCAGUGUGCUGGAGGCCAAUGGGCACUCAUCAAGGCCAAGUGGAGAAAAGGCACCUGCCUAUCAGCGCUUCCAUGCCCUGGCCCAGCCGGGGCCUCCUGGCCUUGUGCUGCCCUAUAAGUACCAAGUGUUGGCUGAGAUGUUUCGCAGUAUGGACACCAUUGUGGGCAUGCUCUACAACCGCUUGGAGACUGUGACCUUUGCCAAGGUCAAGAAGGGUGUCCAGGACAUGAUGCGCAAGCGCUUUGAGGAGCACAACGUGGGCCAGAUCAAAACCGUGUAUCCUGCUUCCUACCACUUCCGACAGGAGCGAAACAUUCCCACGUUCAAGGAUGAUGUUAAGAGGUCCGAUUACCAGCUCACCAUUGAGCCACUGUUGGACCAGGAGGAUGGCAACACAGCCACCCAGCUCACAGCCUCACACCUUCUACAGCGACGACAGGUUUUCAGCCAGAAUCUGGUGGAGCGAGUCCGGGAGCAUCACAGGGUAUUCCUGGCCUCCCUGAACCCCCCCAUGGUGGUGCCGGACGACCAGCUGACACGCUGGCACCCCCGCUUCAACGUGGAUGAAGUGCCUGACAUCGAACCUGCUGAGCUGCCCCAGCCGCCCACCACAGAGAAGCUGGCCACCGCUCAGGACGUGCUGGCCCGAGCCCGAAGCCUGAUGUCACCCAGGAUGGAGAAGGCCCUGAGUGACUUGGCCAUGCGCACAGCUGAACCCAGCAGCCCGGGGUCCUCCAGCCCAGCACUGCCAGCCACCCCCCCAGCCACUCCACCUGCUCCCCUAAAGGGGGUGUCCCAGGACCUGUUGGAGCGGAUCCGGGCCAAGGAGAUGCAGAAGCAGCUGGCACAGAUGACGCGGCAUCCAGAGCAGGAACAGAGGUUGCAGCGGCUCGAGCGGCUGCCCGAGCUGGCCCGGGUGCUGCGUAGCAUCUUUGUGUCCGAGCGCAAGCCAACACUCACCAUGGAAGUGGCCUGUGCCAGGAUGGUGAGCAGCUAUCACGUGGCCAUGAGCCCAGGGGAAAUGGAGAAACAUGUGCAGCUCCUGUCUGAGCUGCUGCCAGACUGGCUUAGCCUGCACCGCAUCCGCAUGGACACCUAUGUCAAGCUGGACAAGGCUGCCAACCUGGCAGGUGUCACUGAACAACUGGCUCGCCUUACCCGUGUGGAGAAGGUGCUCUGAGCCUGAUGGCUGUGUACUAACACACGUGUGAACUCAAGGCCCAGCCUGGCCCUGGAUGCCUGUUUUAUUCUCAAAGAAUGUGAUAUACACUGCUCUCCCAUUCCUGAGCCCCAUGAAUGUCAGAGCCUAGCUGAGCUCUGGCUGCAGGGCCUGGGGGAGUUCUCUGGCUAGUGUGGGUGGUAUGCCCAUCCCAUAUAGUAUGCUGUCAUUAAACUGGUUUCACUUGG